AUGGUUUUCCGGAACUUACCAGUUUUGUGGGGCUGCGUGCUUUGCGCCAGCGAGGACAUUUUCAAUUUAGACGAAGCGUGCAAAGUAGGAGGUGACGAAUGCUACCUUUCCUUGCGCCAGUUGCGAGGGGAACGAAGUGAGGCAGAAAUUCGGCAUCACAGCCGGAUCUACCGUGACUUGGACUACCCCUUGGCGAAGGAUGAUGCAAGCGCACAGACAUGGCCAAUGACCGAAGCAGCUAGUGGCUUUUGUGCUUACCCAAGCGAGCGAAGCGAUCCUCGAUUGGGAUCUGAACGUCUAGGCAGUAGCCCUGAAGAUGUUGCAGAAGUGUGCGCAAUGGCGCGAAAGUACGAAGGACACAUGGCCGAAAUAGGCACCGAAUGCGCUACUGAAGAUACAUGUGGAAAGUGCCAUGGUGUGUGGUGCAGAGGAAAAAUAUCCGCACUUGCACAAACUGCCCAGGGAAAUCUCCUGGCACAGCAGAGGGAGGACCCAGCACCGUUUCCAUUGGCGCAUGAGAACGAGACUCUUCAAACAUGGCCCAUGACUGACGCAGCAGAUGGAUUCUGUGCCUAUCCAAGUGAGCGCAGUGACCCCACUCUGGGUGCCGAACGUUUGGGUGCCGCACCCUCUAGCCCAGAAGAGGUCCAGAAAGUGUGCGAGAUGGCUAGAAAGUACGAGGGCCACAGAGCAGAGGUUGGCUCCGAGUGUGCGAAGGAAGCAUCCUGCUCUGGAUGCAAUGGUGUUUGGUGCAAGGGAAUCAUGAAAUCUUUGAUUCAGAACUCGAACACUGCUGCGCAGCAGAAGGAGGACCCAGCACCGUUUCCAUUGGCGCAUGAGAACGAGACUCUUCAAACAUGGCCCAUGACUGACGCAGCAGAUGGAUUCUGUGCCUAUCCAAGUGAGCGCAGUGACCCCACUCUGGGUGCCGAACGUUUGGGUGCCGCACCCUCUAGCCCAGAAGAGGUCCAGAAAGUGUGCGAGAUGGCUAGAAAGUACGAGGGCCACAGAGCAGAGGUUGGCUCCGAGUGUGCGAAGGAAGCAUCCUGCUCUGGAUGCAAUGGUGUUUGGUGCAAAGGAAUCAUGAAAUCUUUGAUUCAGAACUCGAACACUGCUGCGCAGCAGAAGGAGGACCCAGCAUUGUUUCCAUUGGCGCAUGAGAACGAGACUCUUCAAACAUGGCCCAUGACUGACGCAGCAGAUGGAUUCUGCGCCUAUCCAAGUGAGCGCAGUGACCCCACUCUGGGUGCCGAACGUUUGGGUGCCGCACCCUCUAGCCCAGAAGAGGUCCAGAAAGUGUGCGAGAUGGCUAGAAAGUAUGAGGGCCACAGAGCAGAGGUUGGCUCCGAGUGUGCGAAGGAAGCAUCCUGCUCUGGAUGCAAUGGUGUUUGGUGCAAGGGAAUCAUGAAAUCUUAGAUCUCUUUAUACGGUGGCAAAUCAGCUGUCAAAAAGUGGGUUUGCCACGCAUUGCUGUCCAUACAUAUACAUACAUUUACUGUAUCAUGG